ACGAGAGAGAGAGAGAGAGAGAGAGAGAUGGCAGCCAGCGCGGUGCGGAGGGGCCUUUUGGGCCCGGCGCGGAGGCUGGCCGGGUCGCGGCGUUUCAGCAGCGGGGGCGGCUACCCGGGCACCCCGCUGACGGCCCCUCUGCCGGGGCUGCCCAAGCCGGCUUUCGCCGGCCUGGACGGGCCGGAGGGCUUCGAGACGGAGGUCAGCGCCUUGGAGGGCGGGCUGCGCGUGGCCUCCCAGAAGAGGUUCGGCCAGUUCUGCACCCUGGGCGUGCUGAUCAACUCCGGCUCCAGAUACGAAGCCAAGUUCCCCGGCGGGAUCUCGCACUUCCUGGAGAAGUUGGCCUUCUCGUCUACGGCUCAGUUUAGCAGCAAGGAUGACAUCCUCCUCAUGUUGGAGAAGCAUGGAGGAAUUUGUGACUGCCAGGUGUCAAGGGAUACCACAAUGUAUGCUGUUUCUGCAGACAGCAGGGGCCUUGAUGCCAUGGUCAGUCUGUUGGCUGAUGUGGUUCUCCAACCCAGACUGUCAGAUGAGGAAAUCGAGAUGACUCAGAUGGCCGUCCGCUUUGAGCUGCAGGACCUGAACAUGAGACCCGAUCCAGAGCCAUUGCUGACCGAGAUGAUCCAUGCAGCAGCCUACAGGGAAAACACUGUGGGGUUGAACAGGUUCUGUCCUGUGGACAACAUUGAGAAAAUUGACAGGUCGGUCCUCCACUCGUAUCUGAGGAAUUACUACACCCCCGACAGGAUGGUGUUGGCUGGCGUGGGGAUUGAACACCAGCAGCUUGUGGACUGUGCUCGCAAGUACUUCCUGGGAGCUGUUCCAGCGUGGGGAAGUGGGGAAGCCAAGGAUGUGGACAAGUCGGUUGCCCAGUACACGGGAGGGAUCCUGAAGCUGGAGAAGGACAUGUCAGACGUGAGUUUAGGGCCCACCCCCAUCCCAGAGUUGGCCCACAUCAUGAUUGGACUAGAAAGCUGCUCGUUUCUGGAGGAAGACUUCAUCCCCUUUGCCGUCUUGAACAUGAUGAUGGGGGGCGGUGGCUCUUUCUCUGCUGGAGGCCCUGGCAAAGGCAUGUUCACGAGGCUGUACCUCAACGUCCUCAACCGGCACCACUGGAUGUACAACGCCACCUCCUACCACCACAGCUACGAGGACACCGGACUCCUGUGCAUUCAUGCCAGCGCAGAUCCCAGACAGGUCCGUGAAAUGGUGGAGAUCAUUACCCGGGAAUUUGUUCUGAUGGCUGGGACCCUGGGAGAGGUCGAGCUGGAGCGGGCCAAGACCCAGUUGCGGUCCAUGCUGAUGAUGAACCUGGAGUCCCGGCCGGUCAUUUUUGAGGAUGUUGGGAGGCAGGUCCUGGCCACGGGAGGGAGGAAGCUGCCCCAGGAGCUCUGCGCCUUGAUCGGCAAAGUGAGCGCCGGUGAUAUCAAACGGGUAGCAACGAAGAUGCUGCGGAAGAAGCCGACGGUGGCUGCCCUGGGGGACUUGCGGGAACUGCCCAGUUAUGAGCACAUCCAGGGCGCCCUUUCCAGCAAGGACGGGCGGCUGCCCAGGGUGUACCGGCUCUUCCGCUAAAGUGGCAGCUGCCCCACCGACACAUUCGGCAGAGACGAGCCGUCCCUUGCCCCAGGUGCUUCUCGCCUGCCUGGAGGACAGCUUGGUGCGCACACAUUGGGCAUUGGAGGAGGGUGGUUGGCAGCGCCAUUCUCCACAUGCCUGUUCAAAUUCUGUUCAUCCUCAAGAUAACUCAUUUUGUGAGACUCAGACUUCCGUGAGAAGAUGGAGGCCGGGCAGCCGAAGAGAGCCGCUCCUACACAUCAGAUGGCUAUUUUGCUAUUCCAAAUUCCUGUCCUCGGUGUCUUGAAUUAAGGGACAAUGAAGUCUGAGCCCAAGGCCUGGUGUAAUCCAUGGUGAAGAAUACGGAGAAAAGAGUUAAUGAGGGUGCUACACACUGGAAUGUUGACCUUUGUUUCCAAAAUUAAGUUUACAUUAAGAGUGGUAAAUCAGAGUGCAAUUGUAUUUUGAAUUGGUAGCAACAAAACUGAAUUUCAAGAUUGGGAGAUUUAUUUAGAGUCUACAUUGCGUCUUUAGUUGCAAUCAGUUUUUUUUCUGUUACUCUUGACCCCAAGAGGACCACAAUUUGAACCAGAUUUUCUGUUACAAGUUGUCAUAAAUUGAGACCUUGUGUGACAGGAAUGGGACAACUUGACACAACUCGCUGCGGCCAACUCUCCACAGGACAAUUUUAAUAAUUUGGGUUAAUUAUUUAAAAUAAAUGAAAAAAAUAAUUUUUGCCAGUU